AUGGAGGAAGAAGAGUCACAAGAGGAAGAAGAAUCACAAGAGGAAGAGGAACAGCAACACAUUCAACCACAUAACAAUCUGGAUAUGACUCAGAUGCAGGAAGCAAUUGGAAGAUUAUCACAACAGUACAUGAGAAUUCAAGAAAGGCAAGAGGAAUACCAUUCACAAUACAUGAAACACCAACAAGAGCAAGAGGAAUGGCAGCUGAAAAUGAUGAACCAACAAAGUGAGUUUGAGUCAAAAUUCUUCGUGAUGCAAGAGGAGCAUGCUUUUCAAUCUCACGAAUCAUUUGGGAAGUUGGCACAAAUGCAAGCUAAAAAUAUGAGGGCUCUCAAGGAAUUCACAGCCCUUCAAGAUGCAAGAUAUGAAGUCCAAGCUGACUACAACAUAAAUAGUCAAAUCAAAUUGAACUAUAUUGGAGAGCAUCUGCACAACAUGGAUCCAGCAUUUCCAACUUUCGAUGAGUUCUUCAAGGGGAAAAGUGAGAUAGAAGUAAGCAAUGCUAUGAGACUUGAAGAUAGAGUAGAGGAGACGAUGAAUAGAGCUGGGUUCUGGCGGGGUCAACAGACAACAGACAUGGACACAGGAAACACCAACACUCAAGCAAAUGAAAGAAGGAAGAAAAAGCAUGAUAAAUGA